UACACCGUUUUUCUAAGAAGAUUAAAAGACUUAGGAUAAAAUCAAGCAGAGCCGGGGUCCUCUAUGGCUCAACGGGGUCUUUGCAGUCGGAGCUCUGUGUAGAUUCAAGGGGGACUGGGUGAAGAAGAGAAAGAAGAACAAGAGGAAGGGGUGAAAAUAGGAGGACAGUGCUCUUUUAUAUCGUCUAUGAAUUUUAGUCUUCAAUCGGAGUGAAUGUCGCAGAGAGGUAAUAAUAAUCCCCGGUAGUCUUUAGGUAAUUGUCGUCGUUUCGGAUUCAGUCCUCGUAGUAGCGCAUCCAUCAGCGCCUCAGCCGGCAUCUCACCCUUGGCAGCCUAUUUCAGGGAUACAUUACAUUACAGCCUACUGUACAUUGUCUUAUUAUUAUACUGAGCUGCUUUUUUGGUGCGGACUGCUUUGAUAUAAAUACACACAGAUUUUUUUUUCUCUUCAUUUAAAAAAAUCGCCAUUUCUGGUGCGGGGUCAUCCCGAUGCCUUCGACUGAACAUUAAAUGGUUCCCUGGAUGUGACCGUCUUAUGUUUUAUUUGGCCGCCGUAUGAAUUCUCUCAUCGGAUCCACGUCGGUGUACGCUCUCCUCUUCAGACGGGCGAUUUGUGCAGAGGGCACCCUCCCUGUCGCUAAAGACAUUUUGAUCAUCCCCGGUUUCCCCCCCUCGACCAUUCCGCCUGCCUCCUCUGUAAUAUGUCGGGACAGUCUUUGACGGACCGCAUCGCCGCCGCUCAGCACAGCAUGACCGGGUCUGCCAUCAGCAAAGCCGUCUGCAAGGCCACGACGCAUGAAGUCAGCGGACCCAAGAAGAAACACCUUGACUACCUGAUCCACUGCACCAAUGAGCUGAACGUCAGUGUUCCCCACCUGGCAGACACACUGCUGGAGCGCACAACCAGUAACAGCUGGAUAGUGGUUUUCAAAGCCCUCAUCACCACACACCACCUCAUGAUGUACGGCAACGAGAGAUUGAUCCAGUACCUAGCAUCCAGAAACACACUCUUCAACCUCAACAACUUUCUAGAUAAGGCUGCACUACAAGGGUAUGACAUGUCAACCUUCAUCAGACGCUACAGCCGCUACCUGAAUGAAAAAGCCAUGUCUUACAGACUAGUGGCGGUGGACUUCACCAAGAUGAAGAGAGGGGCUGACGGCGUGAUGCGCACCAUGAACACAGAGAAGCUGAUCAAGACUCUGCCCAUCAUUCAGAACCAGCUGGAUGCGCUGCUGGACUUCCAGCCUAACUCUAAUGAGCUGACCAACGGUGUGAUCAACGCAGCUUUCAUGUUGCUGUUCAAAGACUCGAUACGGUUGUUUGCUGCCUACAACGAAGGCGUCAUCAACAUGCUAGAGAAAUACUUUGACAUGAAGAAGAACCAGUGCAAAGAGGCUCUGGAGAUCUACAAGACCUUCCUGAACAGGAUGACCAAACUGUCCGAGUUCCUCAAGGUGGCAGAGCGAGUUGGGAUAGAUCAGGGCGACAGUCCCGAUCUCACACAGGCUCCUAGCUCUCUCCUGGAGGCACUGGAGCAGCAUCUAGCCUCUUUGGAGGGCAGGAAAAUCAAGGAGUUCUCCACCGCUAGCAGAUCCAGCACCUUGUCCAGUGCAGUGUCCUCUCUCUCCAGCGCCGGGAUCUCUCUCAGUCGUAUGGAUGACAAGACGGACGACAACAGGCUGCAGCAACACAAAGAGGACGGUCCCAAGGUGAUUGACAUGCAGACACCCAACGUGUCACCCAGCACCCAGUCAGUGGGAAGUGCCAACAGCAGCGGAGGAGCCACCGACCUCUUUUCCAACUCACCCGUCGUACCUGUCAACAACCAUGUGCCAAACCUGACCAGUGAGCUGUUCACCCUGCAGCCUAACUUCACCCCUAUCCAGACCACACACACUGUGCCCAACAAUAACAAUGCCUGGGGAGGUGACCUGCUGAAGCCGGCCCCACCGACUCAAAUUCACAGCCCUGGAGCUCCACUGCACUCUGGGAAAAUGCUGCCCAAUGAUUUGGACUCCUCCUUAGCCAACCUAGUUGGCAACCUGCAGUUUGGGGGGACGCCAGCCAAAAAGCCGGAGCUCCAGUGGAAUCAGCUGGUAGAGAAGAAGCCAACAGGAGGGAGUGGCUGGCAGUCGAAGACUAUGUGCACCAGCACUAACUGGACCCAUGCCACCCACCCUAUGGCACCCGCACCCAUGCCCGUUCCUCAGAUGAACGGGAUGAUCUACUCUGGCUAUGCUCCAGCACCAGUGGCUUUUCCUAUGACGACACCCCAAGUGCCUGUGUAUGGAAUGCUCCCUCCUCAGAUGAGCCAUCAGAUGGGAGGAGUUCCCAUGAUGGCCCCCCAGCCUGUCAUGUACAACCAGCCUGUCCUGAGACCCACCAACCCCUUUGGACCCAUCCCGGGGACACAGAUGCACUUCAUGUAGAGAUGAUGCUGUAACCAUGGCAGCAAAGCCGAGAGAAAGGGCGAGAGAAAGAGACGGAGAGAAAGAGAAAGAAGUUGAAGCAAACCAAUCCAGAACCAAAUCCAGUGCAGGAGGAGGACAGAAGAGGACAUAGAGGCAGUGAAAGAGAGAGGGAUGGGAGAGGAUGAAGGAGAGGACCAGAGGAUGGAUGACCGCAGACCUGAGAUGAAACGCUGGAACCGGUUUCUUUUCCACCUGACCCACUACUGUCCUCUCCUCUCCCCGUGCGGCUACCGACCUCUCUGUCUCGUAUUCUGUAAAGCUGGGACACCAGAAGCCCACAUCAAUCCCACCAGUCCUGUUUAAUUUACUAUUUUCUGAAUGGGUAACGUGCUGUCCGUUCAAAUCAAUGAUUAUGGCCUGUGAUGAUGCUGUGAUGACCGACAGCCGUCCUGAAGUGUGGAAGCUUCACGACCCUUUCCUGAUUUCCUGAUCCCGAUGAUUUCCUGUAAAAACAACUGCUCCCGUAACUCACCCACUUCCCCACUGACUCAUACUUGGAGGACACGCAUCUCUUUCUCUGAUUGGAUCGUUUGCACGCACUUUACUCAACGUGAACUUUGCCAAGGGUGUAUGUACGUGUAGGUGAUUUUAGCAUCCCAUCCGAAUCGGUCCCCGCUUGUGUGUCAUCCGUCUCCUGAUGUCAGAAGCGACAUGGAUAGAUGAGCACGCGUGUCCCUUUUUCUACAUUUCAGUGUGCCGUGUCGACAUUACCGUCCUUGAUGAGUUUCAUUUUGUUUUGUAUUGCCCGUGUCACACCACGAAUAUGACUUGGAGAGGUAUCAGUUUGCGUGCGCACUCGUGUAGAUGUGGGUGGGUGUAGCCGUGAAGGUUAUGUUUGUUUUUAUUUUGCAUUUUCAUGUCUAGAUGUCAGGUACCUGAUGUCAUUACUGUGUUUCCAGGUACCAAUGUGUUACUGCACUGGAAUUACUGAUGAAAGCACUGAGCCAGACCCAGGCAUCACAUUUGGAUGUAAACAAACCUCAUACACUAACUUUGCUACUUGGGGACAUGUCAUACACACUGUGUAUUACUUUCUUUUUUUCCUCCUCUACAGCUGUGCAACAUCAUGCAAUCUCACAAAUGUCUUUUUCACUCAUCUGUAGACUCUGUUUAGAAGCUGUCCCUGCUGUAUAGUAGUCUUGUACUUUUUGUGAGUCCAUGUCUGGAUUCUGUACAGAAUGACGUUUUUUGUUUUGUAACCCUAUCUCCUGUUCUGUUGUACCCUAGCUGUUCUAAAAGUAGUGAACAAUGCACUUAGAGCCAGACAGAGAGGUGAUUGGAUGCUAAUAAGGAAGUCAUUCUCAGUCUUGCCAAUCAUGACGUCCUUAUGCUCAACCCCCCCCCCCACCUGUAUGGGGUCCUCCCUGUCCUGAGCAUUGGUCCUGUCAAAAUUAAGUCUCUCUUAAACCCCUUUACUCUUAACAGGACACAAAAUCUUAGUAAGGGUAAUCACAUCGGUAGAUGUUACAUUUCCACUCAGAGGAAUUUAAUGGCAUUUCUAAGGUGGAGACAAAUUUGUUAAUGGUAGUGUUAAUAUUUCUGGAUCUGACAGCAUAAUGCCAAUAAGAGAAGUCAGAAAUGAAUAGAUCUCUCUAAAGCAAAUAAGGAUAAUGUCUGUCGAUCUCGACCAACGCCCACAGUGACAACACAGAAGCUGAUUCACCAUGCAGAGACUGGGAGACUAAAUGAGAUGAGUAAGACCCACAGACAGACAGUAUAUAUAGCACAAACCUUCAAAGAGGGGACAACGCUCUGCUGCACAAAACUUUAAAUUAUUGCUGGGAUGUACAGUUGAAAGGGGCAAUAAUCAGUUGGGAGGAAGUUGUUUUCUAUUGAUUGUGGCUGUUCUAUGUACCUGUACUGUAUGUAUGUUUGUGUGCACAUGCCUUCCCAUUGAGAUAAACAGGGUCAUGUUCCUUGGGGAGGCCACGGCGCCCCCCUGUGUACUUAACCAUGGUUAGAGGUGAAAGGUCUCUUGCGAGCUGGUAGUACUAACUUAGCAAUGAGUGUGAUUAUUAACUGUGUCCCAGUCUGUGCUACAUGACAUCACUUUAAGAUGGCUCUAGGAUCACUCAUCUGCUGGACAAAGCCAAGUCCCCAAUCAUCGGACUCAUGGAAUCUGAAGUGAAUCUAAGCCUAUCUCUCCAGACAGCUGGAGCUGCACAUGCUGACGAUUCCUAUCCAAUCUCUCAGAGAAACUGCAACUAACUGCUGGUGGCAGAUGUAAACGAUUCUUCCCUGAACUGUAACUGCUGGCGACUCUUACCACCAGUGUCCCUAUAGGUAACUGCAGCUAUGACUCUACUGCCAGCAGACAGAGAGAGUGAGAGAGACAGAGCGAGCGAGAGAGAGAGAUCAGUGUUUGAGAACCUCAAUCAUUGAGCAGGUAGAGAUUCUCUGACGAGGUUCCAUCUUCAACAGAAAAUCUAGCUAAGUGGCCAGCAGACAUUUUGGACGUUUUUUUUCUUUUUUUUUUUUUUGGAAAACCGUUGUAGCACUCUCCUUCACUCUUUGUUCCAGUGGUGCGUCUUUUUCUGUCAGCUGAAUGCUCUUCUCAUUGUGGCACCUCAUGCCCACAAUGCAGCUUUAUCCGUCCUAGGCCAACCUCUGACUGUUACAAUUUGCUGUGUCCUCUGUAUAUAGGUAACGCUCUUCAUGUGUUUUUAGACGUGCUUUCUCUGUAAAGUGAUUGAAGCCCCAUUGGACGACGUACUGUACGUGGGACAAUUUAUUGCUGUAUCUGUGUUUGAAUGGUUGUAUUUUGAAGGUGUCAUCAUCCAGGGAGGGGAUGGGCGGGUGGGGGGGUCGAUGUUUGUGAUGUUUGUGUCCAUCUUGAGGAGGAAGGGGUGGGCUCCGGGUGGGUGGGGGAUCAGGGGUAAACUAUCACAACUGGUCUAUACCAAGAGUGUCUUCAUCGAGGGAGCGGACAGGACAGGGUCUGUCCUCUUCGAAACAGGAACAUUUUUUUGCACCAAAGUCAUCAUCAAAGCGCAGCUUCUUCUUAUUCAAGGUCACUAUGGAUGGAUGAUAUCAGAACUCGAAAGGAAUUUCUUUUCUUUUUUUUUCUUUUCUUUUUUUUUUUUUAAACAGACAAAGAAACUGUCAUUUUUUGCAUGAUUAAGUGUCGUCUUUUUAUUGGCUUGUGUGCCCGGUAAAAGCAUGACCAUUGUGUGAACUCUCACUUACCGGUGUGUUUGGAAAAUGUUAAGGAAAUUUCUCCAUGAGAUUUUUUACUUACCUCUUGACAUGAACGUCCGUUGACAUUCAUAAUCAACUGUUUUGCAAGAUGUAGGCUCAGUAACUGUUUGAAGGCUGCCUCGCAUGCAGAAAUGCAACUUAUAAGUUCCCCCAUCAAACUUCAAACACAGUUAUCACGGCUGCAUCUUUGCAAAACACCAUGAAUGUCAAUGCCAAUCAUCACCUAGCUAGCUAGACAUUGCAGUCUUGUAAAACCGCUCUCUUUAUUAAAGCGUUGCUAUUUUCAAUACGUGUGUUUGAAUGCUUGCUCCUUUUUCGUACUCUGCCAGCAGCAUCUUGGGAGGUUUUGAUUGAAAGUCAAAGUACUGUAAUACAUGUUUGGUCUGGUUCACAUCGUGUGGUGUUAAACAAGUGUUUGCCCGGUCUUGUCUUGUCUGUUGCCAUCAACUGGACUGUAUUGUUCUCUGUCAUCCUUUUAACUAUGGACUGGUUUCCUGGCUUGGAUUUUCAGAAGCUCAUUCGCGCUGAGAUCAUCUUUGUACCAUUUUGGGCAAAUAAACAAAGAUGAUCUCUGCUUUGAGGCAAUUUCUGGAAAACUGUGCCUGGGUCAGUAAAGCCAGGAACAGAUAAGUGUACAGGAGACAGGUGUAGCCUACAGACCUGGGCAAGGGAUUAUGACAUCAGUGCCAUUUUGGGCGCCCCUGUUCAAAAACAAUGUACAGAUGGGUAAAAGGUCCCUGAUAAAGUUUAGUAUCCCCAUGUCUGUAAUGUCUUUGUGCACUUCCAUUUAUUUUCUCGUGGCAUGUAGGCUAUAGUCGGAUUAUUACUAAUGCAUCCCUCCUUGUUACUUUUUAACAUUCUUGACGAAAGGUCAAUUUAGGGGAAAUAAUGCUAAGUUAUCAGGAAAGCAAGGAGGCUACAACACUUACACCUCUAUUGGUUUCUGAGACAGUCUACUUCUUCUCAGUCUUAUUAGAGGUUUGAGGAAACCUGCUCCUUUACACGUUAGUGCAAGAGCAACUUUUUUUUUUUGGUUCCCCACUUUAACCAGACAGGUCAAGGGUACAAAAUAAGAAAGGAUUUCUAGAUAUUUAUCAGCUCUAAAUCUGACUUCCAGUGUACAUAACUCUACAUACAAAAUGUUUUUCAUCUUAAGUCUACCUUUCAGCAAGCUACAGGAGAUGAGGUAAAUUAUUAAGUUGUACUUAAUAAUUCAAAUGAUAGGGUCUUUGUAGUCUUGGAGUUGUCUUAAUGGGACACUCUGAAGACAUAUCCACAGACUCAGUGUGACAAUACUCCCUGCUCUACAGACCCUUAGAGUAAUCACUGAAUCUAGCUCUUGGAUUAAUCUGGCUACUGGAAACCAGACCUACAUGUUACCAGUUGAAGAAACUGUAUUUCCAUGUUGUUCAGCCGGUGAAAGGUGCAUGAUGCUCAUGCAGUUUCACAUUCCCGCCCUUCAGUCUUGGUCCAUUUAUGUACAUAGUAAGCCCAGUCAUCAUGUGAGCUCAGUAUACCCUCAAUACUGUGUAUACUGCGUUGACUCCUCUCAUCAAGUACCCUAACGUCCAUCUGUAAACUGUUCAUUGUUGUUGCGGGCAUGAAACAUAACAGUGUCCAUGAACAAGUCUUGUUGUUAGCAGGGAGUGAGGGUCCAUACCUUCAAUUACUGAUUUCCUUUUUUGUACAUCAAAGUGAUAGAAUUAUUAUCAACAAUGGGUUUGCAUUGUUAUGAAAUUAUUGAUUUUUAUUUGAAAAGCAGAGGUUGAUGUUUUUGGAAGAAAAUGGAAUAAAACGUCAUCUGAUGCUAAGCUCCCA